AUGUAUCAUAAUUGUUGCGGUGAGCAAGAGAUGCAAAAAUAUGUUUUCGGUUGAUGUAAGACGCCAUUGACGGCUCUACAGGUCGAGGUAUAAAAGCGGGAGAAACUCCGGAAAAGGCAGCUCCUGAGCUUCUGCUUUCAAAUCCCUUCAAGAUGCGAUUCUCCUUCGUCCUCUGCGCCGUCCUCGCCAUUCUGGCCGUCGCCAUUCUUCCCAACAACGGAGCUUCGGCCGCUCAAUGCCGAAGAACCAAAUGUCACACUCACAGCAGCCAGAACGAGUGCAAUGGUCAGUCCGUCAUUUUUCAGUUCAAAUUGUUUCUUUGUACAACGGCGAACUGUCCCUAAAAGCUCCUAAAUCUUGGUAACUAACAGUUUUUUUAGGCCUCAAAAAUUUUACAUUCUCGGACAUCGGUAACGCGAAACGAACGUGCUCCGGACGUUUCUGGGCAAUACUAGGGGUCACUUAAGAGUGCUGAGGCUACUAAAGUGGUCACUAGAAAUGUCCCGUCCGAUUAACGUCCCUUUCGCGUUAACAAGGUCCGAGUUGAGGAUUCCAAUCCCGAAAAUCAACAGUAGAGCAAACUAUUCCUCAAAAAAAAAAAGCCGAAAGCUAAAGCUUAAAACUUUCUGAAUUUUAAAAAUUGAAGAACUUAAUUAAGAUCCUUCUUACAGCCUUAUUAUAAUUCAAGCCAAAAAUUAGAAUUUCUGAUUCACAAAUCUCAUUUAGGCCUUUCAGCUUUGAAAAAAACUAACUUUUGAAUUUUCUCCAAAACAUGAUUUUCCAGGUGACGAGUACGUGGCCAAGUGGGGCUACUGCUGGGGCGUCGCCGGCAAAUGGGAGAGCUGCUGCAAAAAAUAA